AUGGCAACAUGCGAUACAAAUUAUUGCUUUACAUCUAUCCAUGUUGGAGAUUAUGGAUCGCUUCCCGAUAGCAGUAUGUUCAGUGCUACAGAAUUUGGUCAAGCUGUGGAAAAUGAUACUUUAAAUGCACCUCCGCCAUCUCCUUUGCCUGGCACAGAUAUAAUGAUGCCUUACUUUCUUGUAGGAGAUGAGAUUUUUCCCUUAAAGCACAAUUUGAUGCGCCCAUACUCCAAACGAAAUAGACUGACUGAGACACAACGAAUCUAUAAUUAUAGACAUUCUCGAGCUCGGCUAGUAAUAGAAAAUGCUUUUGGCAUUUUAACGACAAG